CCGGAAGUCGGGGCCUGCCCGGCGGCCGUGGCUCGUGGGAGUGCUCGUUGCUCCGGAGUCGGGGCGCGGGGGUACCAGGGGCGUGCCCCGAUGCCGAGCCCACGGCUUCUGGUGCUCUUCGGCAGCCAGACAGGCACGGCCCAGGAUGUGUCGGACAGGCUGGGCCGCGAGGCCCGGCGCCGGCGGCUCGGCUGCCUGGUGCAGGCCCUGGACUCCUACCCGGUGGUGAGGGCUCCCUGGGCCUCGGCGGGGAGAGCGAACAGGCCCGGGGCCUCGACCGCCUGGCGCCGCGCCCUCUCUGCGGCAGAUUUAGGGGACGGGCGAGCUUGGGAACCGCGGCUCAGCUUAGCGCGUGGAGGAGGGGACAAGGUGGCCGGUGGGGCCUGGAAGAGAGAAGGCAGGCCGGCGCUCGUGGGCCAAGGAGACCCCCCUGACAACAUGAAGAACUUCUGGAGAUUCAUAUUCCGGAAGAACCUGCCAUCAACCUCCCUCUGUCAGAUGGACUUUGCUGUCCUGGGCCUUGGGGACUCCUCUUACGCCAAGUUCAAUUUUGUGGCCAAGAAGCUGCACCGACGGCUGCUGCAGCUUGGGGGCAGAGCCCUCCUGCCCGUGUGCCUGGGUGAUGACCAGCAUGAACUGGGGCCUGAUGCCGCUGUCGACCCCUGGCUGCACGACCUGUGGGAGAAGGUGCUGGGGCUGUACCCAGUGCCACUCCAUCUCGGCAUCAUCCCCCCAGGAGUCCCUUUGCCCUCCAAGUUCACCCUGCACUUCCUUCAGGAGGCCCCCAGCACGUGUUCUGAGGAGCAGCAUGUGACCAGGACAGACCCUCAGGGUCCCCCUUCAGAGCUGCAGCCCUUCCUUGCACCCAUGGUCACCAACCAGAGGGUCACCGGCCCCCUGCACUUCCAGGACGUUCGGCUGAUUGAGUUUGAUAUCACAGGCUCUGGGCUCAGCUUUGCGGCUGGUGAUGUGGUGCUGAUCCAGCCCGAGAAUGCGGCCGGCCACGUCCAGCAGUUCUGCCAGGUGCUGGGCCUGGACCCCGACCAGUACUUCACGUUGCAGCCGCAGGAGCCAGGUGUCCCCCGCCCCGCGCGGCUGCCCCAGCCCUGCUCCGUGCGGCACCUCGUGUCACGGUACCUGGACAUCGCCAGCGUGCCACGCCGCUCCUUCUUUGAGCUCCUGGCCUGUCUCUCCCCCCACGAGCUGGAGCGAGAGAAGCUGCUGGAGUUCAGCUCUGCCCAAGGCCAGGAGGAGCUGUGCGAGUACUGCAGCCGGCCCCGCAGGACCAUCCUGGAGGUGCUGGGUGACUUCCCACACACAGCUGGAGCCAUCCCCCCAGACUACCUGUUGGACCUCAUCCCCCUGAUGCGGCCACGGGCCUUCUCCAUCGCCUCCUCCUUGCUGGCUCACCCCUCAAGGCUGCAGAUCCUCGUGGCUGUAGUGCAAUACCAGACACGCCUCAAGGAGCCCCGCCGGGGCCUCUGCUCCUCCUGGCUCGCAUCCCUGGACCCUAGACAAGGACCUGUCCAGGUGCCCCUAUGGGUGCGGCCUGGGGGCCUGACCUUCCCAGAGACACUGGACACGCCCGUGAUCAUGGUGGGGCCUGGCACUGGUGUGGCCCCCUUCCGAGCAGCUCUCCAGGAGCGUGUGGCCCAGGGUCAGACUGGAAACUUCUUGUUUUUUGGCUGCCGCCGGCGAGACCAGGACUUCUACUGGGAGCCAGAGUGGAAGGAGCUGGAGAAGAGGGGCUGCCUGACCCUGGUCACGGCAUUCUCCCGGGAGCAGGAGCAGAAGGUGUACGUGCAGCACCGGCUCCGGGAGUUCGGGCCACUGGUGUGGGAGCUGCUGGACCGCCAGGGCGCCUACUUCUACCUGGCAGGCAACGCCAAGUACAUGCCGGCAGAUGUGUCAGAAGCCCUGACAUCCAUCUUUCAGGAGGAGGGCGGGCUCUCCGGCCCUGAAGCGGCCGCCUACCUUGCCAGGCUGCAGCGGACACUGCGUUUCCAGACUGAAACGUGGGCCUGAGGAGCCAUCCUGCUGGCUGUAGCACUCUGACCACUGCCCUCUGGGGGCCAUCGUCUCCUCCCGCCCUGUGGGAGGUCAUCCCAGGUGGUCCCCCUGCGCAGCUGCACUCCAGUCCACCCGGGGUCCCACACUCAGCCUGGACACCGUUGUCCAUCCACCACCCCACCCCACUCGCCUGGCUUUGAAUCCACCUCCUCAUCCAGGGUUCCAGGGUAUUGCUGGCUUUUCUCCACUGGCCCCGACUUGGGUCCCGGUCAGUGUGCUGCCCUGGGUUUCACAGGACCCGGGAAGGCACCAGCAGCCUGAUGGGCAUCAGGGGGCCUCCCCAGAUGCCAGCUUCCAGACAGCAUAGGAAUCUGGGGUACGGGGGGCCUAGUGAGCCCUCUGAUGUGGUGCAGGGUCCCUGGGAAGGCCAAAUGCCCCCUCCUCUGCCCUGGGGCACAGUGGGUUCCCAGUCACUUUCUGCCACAUCUCCACGCCACACCACAAAGUCCCUGGUGCCGUCUCAGGGCCCCACAGGGCUCAGGCUGGGGCUUGAAGACAGCGUGGACGCCGAGCAGCAGGAAGCAGCCCCAGCCAGCACCCUUUCCUCACCUGGUUCUGAGAAAGCCUUGGCAAUAAAUUAUGGGCUCUGGGUGGCUGCUUCUGA